UUCGUAGCCUGGCGGUCCUGUUGGAAGGCCAAGACGCCGGCAGAAGUAAGGCAAGCGGCCGGGCAAGUUUGGACAAGUCGGAGGGCGGGCAGGCAGGCAGCUAGCUUUUUCUCUCCCUCGCUUGUUGUCCCUUUCUGCCUGGUGACCUCAGCCUUCCUACAGUGCAGCAGCAACAAACACGCCUCUCUCGGGGAAGGAGCCAACACGGCCCAGAGGCGAGGAAUCAGCAGCUCACGGCUUCGUGCAUAGCUGUCAGUCAAGUGUGUGCGGGAACAGCGAGGCCACGAGGGGGACGGGAAGAGCUCAGCCGGCUUCUGCGGCAUCCACUCACUGUUUGGGCACUAAAUUAAAACAACAGUUCAGCCACCCCCUCUCCUCCCAGGCUGGUAUGUGCGCCCGCGCGUGUAUAUAAACAGACAGAAGAGUACCAUGCCGGGAAGUCUAGCUGCAGGGAUUUUUUGUGGGAAAGCAGGGGUGCGUGUGCCCCUGAAACGAGGGCACAACGAAUGGGGAAUCUUGAUUUAGGUCACCUCGUGCAAACUGGAAAGCCAUGCAGGAAAUCCCCGGCCUCCUCCCUUGCCUGCUUGACCUAUCUCUGGGGUUCUCAUCCUGUGAAUUUUACUGGCAGAGGAACUAAGAGCGAGCUAAAGCACAGUCCCACCCGCACUGUACUAGGCAAGCUUCUCUGCAUCCAACACGCCUGAUUUUUCACCAGCCCUCACAAGACUUCUUUUAUUCUGCCAUAAGACACAGAAAAGACUGUGCAGACAGCGCCGAACACGGCACUGCCCUACAGAUAUCCCCCACGUUGCUGCUGUUGCUGCUGCACAAAUCACACUAUAGACGUUGCACGCGCCAGCCUGCCUGCUUCUCCACAUACCAAGUUGAAGGGGCGCACCGCGCUAGCCCAGUACGAAAGCCCCUCCUCGAUGACCAGAUGAGCGGCUGAGCCGUCCAGUAAAAGAACGGAGGCGGUACUCUCACGAUCUGACUCUACGGACCAAUGAAAACGAAUCUGACGGAAGGAGGCCUGAGCCUGCUAAUCCCCUCUUUUAACUUACUUUGGAGGAGGAGAAGGCGAGGACCCUGGCGGAAUUUUAGCCAAUUAGGAAAAGGAGGAGGCGUUUUCUUCCUAUAGCAAAGCGCCGGGAGGUUGGUUCAGAGAGCCGCGUGCAGGAAGUGCUCCCCGAUGAGGUUGUAGUACCAGUACCGGUAUGGCGGCUGCGGGAACGAAGAGAAAACAGCAAAAGCAGCGCGGCGCUUCUGCGUUGGGCGCAACGGCUGGGGGUUCUGCGCACAAGAAGCGAAAGCUCCCUGUCACUGAGGAGAAAGCUUGGCAGAAAGCUGGCUCUAAAUUGAAUGAGGAAAUCUCCAGUGAUUCUGAACCAGAUAGCUCAGCAAAGAAAAAGAACAAUGAAGCAGCAGAGGAGAUCGAGGAGACGCCACAAGAAAAGAAACUGAGAUUAGCAAAGUUAUACCUGGAGCAACUUCGACAGCAAGAAGAGGAAAAGGCUGAAGAAGAAGCCUUUGAGAAGGAUCUGGUUGCUGGCUGGCUGAAGGAAGAUGUGCUUGAACAGAAAGGAAAAUUGCAGCGACAAAUUGCCAAAAUUUUGCAGCCUCCAGAUACAUCUCAAAUCAGGGUACUGCGAGGUCACCAGCUGCCCAUCACCUGUCUGGUCAUCUCACCAGAUGAUAAGUGCAUCUUCUCUGCAGCCAAAGACUGCUCUAUCAUCAAAUGGGAUGUGGAGAGUGGGAAGAAGCUACAUGUGAUCCGUGGAGGAAAGAAGGGGACGGAGGGCAGUCACGUUGGCCACACAGCACACAUCCUCGCUAUGGCCAUCUCAUCAGAUGGUAAAUACCUGGCUACAGGAGAUAGGAAUAAACUUAUUAUGAUCUGGGAAGCUGCAACCUGCAGCCACCUGUAUAAGUUCACAGGUCAUCGUGAUGCUGUGUCGGGCCUGUCUUUCCGGAAGGGCACACACCAACUGUACAGCGCUUCGCAUGAUCGUUCAGUCAAAGUGUGGAAUGUGGCUGAGAAUGCUUAUGUGGAAACUCUGUUUGGGCAUCAAGACACGAUCACAGCACUGGACAGUUUGAGCCGGGAGUGCUGUGUGACAUCAGGAGGGAGGGACGGCACCGUCAGAAUCUGGAAGAUCCCUGAGGAAUCUCAGCUGGUGUUUUAUGGGCACCAGGGUUCUAUCGACUGUAUCCAGUUGAUCAAUGAGGAGCAUAUGGUGUCUGGUGCAGAUGAUGGGUCAGUAGCCCUCUGGGGUCUCUCAAAAAAGAAACCACUAACCACAGUGAAGAAAGCCCAUAGUCUCUAUGGCACACUGGGCAUGGAACAACCAUAUUGGAUCUCUUCAGUAGCUGCCUUGCUGAACAGUGACCUUGUAGCUACAGGUUCCCACAGCGCCAGUGUGAAGUUGUGGAAGUGUGGAGAGGGAUUCCGGAAGCUGGAGUCACUGUUUGAGAUUCCCUUGGUUGGCUUUGUUAAUAGCUUAAAAUUCUCCAAUUCUGGAAAUUUCUUAGUUGCUGGGAUUGGACAAGAACACAGAUUGGGUCGUUGGUGGAGGAUCAAAGAGGCCAAGAACAGCAUCUGCAUCAUUCCGCUCAGGAAGGCUACAGCAGGAAACCCACAGAUAUCUGACAAAGGCUCCUAAUGUUCUCUUCCUCUGUAAAAGGCUCUUGAAUUAACCUGCAUAUUAAAAUUACCUUUUAUGUUUACAA